CCAUGUGCAAGACACACUACGAACACAGAAAAGUGAAAAGGAAACACACACAAACACACACUCAAAUUCUCUCUCUCUCUCUCAUCCUUGUUUCAUUCACUCACGAACCCUUGCAGUUCAUUGCUCAAGCACAAUAAAUCACCAUAUUUGUGGCCACAUUCUCCACAUCGUCACAUUCCUUUUCUUGCAAUAUAAUACCUAAGGGUAAUGUAUACCAAAGGAAACAUAUCCUGUCAUUGUGUGGAAAGGUACGAUUUUCAACCUCUCUAGACCAAAUUUACAGAAUUGCUCAAAGAUUCACUGCCAGAUAGUUGUGAAUGGCUGGAAUGAUGUGGCUGAUAUGAAAGGAAGGUUACUAGGUAUAUACGUAAUCUGCAGAGAAUAUGUAUCUGCUAGGGCUUUAUUCAAGGAAUUUGACUUUUAUAGUGAUGAAAGAUGGGCUUGGCUUACAAAAGGUUUGGUUAUUUCCCGAGUUUUACCGCAUAGCAGUGGCAUGUUGUUUUAUACUGCUAAAAUGUGGAAUUUCUCCAAGUAAGUACGUGUUUACCCCUCUGGUUAAAGCGUCUUCUGAAUUAAGAUCAUUAAAAGGGAUCAAAUUUUUUGAUGAUGAAAUUACAAAGCUGGGCUUUGAGGAUAACCUUCACUUAUCUACUGCCUUACUACAAUCUUAUUCAAACAAAAACUGUAUUGAAGACGCACUGAGGGUCUACAACAGGAUCGAUAAAAAAGAUGAGUUGUGUGUGAGUGCGAUCCUCUCCUGUUACUCAAAAAGGAAUGAUUUCAAACAGGUUCUCUGCAUAUUGAACGAAACGAAUGCAACCGGCCUUGAACCUGGGAUAGAAAACUACAUGAUCGCCCUUGGUGCCUCUGAAGCUGAUACUAAAUUCGUGACAGGGAUUCAUGGAGUGGCGAUAAAAUGUGGAUACAUGAUCAACUCAAAUAUGGUCAGCAAAUUGAUGUCAGCGUAUAUAGAUUGCAAAAGGCUCUGCGAUGCGGAGAACCUGUUAGGAAAUGUAACCGAUGACAAUAUCAAGCAAAUUGUUUAGAGCGUGUUAAUCCAAGGAUAAGUUGAAAACAAUCUCAUAAUUGAAGCCAUGGGAUUGCUUUCAAAACUAUACUCUAGAUGUGAAUUGGUUAAUGUGCCACAGGUAUUGAAAGCAUGCUCGUUUCUCGGAUUCAUACGUCCCGGUAAAGAAAUCCACUGUGCAAUGAAAAGAGGCAUGAUAGCUACCGACAUCCACAGUGAGACAGCCUUGCUAAAUCUUUAUCGUAAAUGCGGGCAUAUCCAGUACGCUAAAAGAGUAUUUGAUUCGAUUGAAUCGAAGAAUUUUAGCACUUAUAACUCCAUGAUAUCUGCAUAUGGGGAGCAAGGUCUUUUAGAUGAAUGUCUUUCUCUGUUUCACGAGAUGAAAGGAAGAGUUGACAACAAGUGUUCAGAUGAUGUCCUAACCACAAUUUUUAAACAUGAAGAGUUUGAUGAGUCAAGUGUUUUUGAAAAAUAGAUUGGAUAGAUAUGAAAUUAUUAAAACGGGAAGGAGUGUUUAUUUCUCAUA